AUGGAAAACGAACGCAAGAACAAUCUGAACGGGAUGGAGAUGGAAAAGGGAAAGAAACAGAGUGGUUCGAGAAAAGGAGUUGAGCUAUCGAUGAGAGUGUUAGCGUUGGUUCUAACAAUGGUAGCUGCAACAGUACUUGGCGUCGCAAAACAGACCAAGAUUGUGCCUAUUAAGCUUAUUCCAACUUUGCCUCCUCUUAAUGUCUCUACCACUGCCAAAUCCACUGACUUGUCUGCCUUUGUGUUCAACAUUUCGGCAAACGCUAUAGCUUGUGGAUACACAGCGAUCUCGAUAGUGAUUAUGAUGAUUAGCAAAGGCAGAAGCAAAGGCUUGUUAAUGACACUUCUGGUAGGAGAUCUAGUAAUGGUGGGUUUGCUGUUUUCCGGCACCGGAGCGGCCGGAGCAAUCGGGCUAAUGGGUAUGCAAGGGAACAAACAUGUGAUGUGGAAGAAAGUUUGUAACGUUUUUGGGAAAUUCUGUCACCAAGCUGCUGCUUCCGUUGCCGUCACUUUUCUUGCUUCACUUGUGUUUAUGCUUCUUGUUGUUCUUGAUGCGAUGAAGCUUCCUUGA